AUGGAAGGUCUUCUACCUCUUGUAUUGAAAGCAGUCAAGAAAAACAGAACAAGACGACAAUACGAGUGUCUUUCAUCGGGAACCUACAACAUCAGUAUGGCUGAGAUCUAUCCUCAAAAAAAUCAACCACUCCAUCAUAGUCAGAUACCUAAUUCAGACAAAAACAUUGGUCACCGGAGAAGCAAAACUGUGGGUACUGGCUUCCAGUUUUCAGAUCAGAUAAGAUCUGGUUCUGUUUCUGUUUCUCCUCCAAAAAAAAUUGAUAGGUCUAGAAGUCAUAGAAUGUUUUCAUGUAUCACUGGUCGUGUCUGA